CCCAUCCUUCUGCCGCCGCCAUCUUGAGCUAAAAGUUCUCCGGGGCUCCCAUACUCGAAAUUUUUCCUUCCUCAUCCCCUUCCUUCUGCCGCCGUCAUCUUGAGCUGAAAGUUCUCCGGGGCUCCCAUACUCGAAAUUUUUCCUACACAUCCCGCAAAAUGCCCCUCGAUACCUCCGCCUCCGCCGCCUAUUCCCGUCUAUCAUGCAUCCUUCUCAACAGCGACCUUGAUAUCGGCAGCCGCCGCAACAACACCACGGCCGUCGGCCAAGGGAGGGAUAACCUCACAAUCGAGGCGUCCUUCUGCUAUGCGCAGCCGCCGCUCCCGUCCAACCUCUUCGUCCAUUGCCCCGGCGUAACCUUCCCCCGCAGCUCCAUAAUCGUCUCCACCGACGAAGAUCUACUUCUCUUCCGCGUCCCGGUGGCCGUCGAACCGCCACCAAAACCCAUCAUGUACGACGACUGCGACUACAUCAUCUACCGUGCCGGUAGGUCCCCGUCUCUCACGCCUAUUCCAAAUCCGAAGCCCAACUUCCACGACCUGGACGUCGGCCUCCUUUCGCGCGCCGGAGAUCUAUUUACUGUUGCUGCCCUUGUUGCCAAAUCCACAAAUGAAUUCACCCUUCAUCGAUUCGACUCUGAAGUUGGAAAUUGGUCCAUGAAGACGGUAUCGCUGGAUGCCCCGCGGAAGCCCUACCCGAUGACGAUCCCCACUAAUGCGCUUCGGCUCAACUACCACAUCACCACAACUGUUAUCACGCUCGGAGGUAAAUCUGGCACCAUGGGUUGGGUCGAUCUCUGGAGCGGCAUCCUGCUCUAUGACCUAUUCCCUGAGGAUCACGAGAGACCUAUGCUAUGGCACAUGCGGCUGCCAUUGCCGAUGGAUCUGGGAAAAUGGGUAACGGAGCUAGCCUGCCCAGAGUCUACUCGUGGAAUUGCAUCUGUCAUCAAGGAUGGCAAGCCCUGUCUCAAGCUUGCUGGCCUGCAAAUUAUCGAGGAACGUCUUCCCUACGAUGACAUUGAAACAUAUAUGCCCUGCUACAGAGUCAACAACUGGGCCAUCACCACAUGGAGCAACACUAUUAUGGUCCACUCUGAUUCUUCCGACAAUUGGCAAGAGGACUUCACCGUAUGGGCUCCAGAUAUAAUUAUCAGUGAUACUGUACGUUCAGAAUUGUUGGCCUCUGGUUUGCUACACCGUAAACCGUCUCAAGAUGGUGAAGAGACGGUGGAGCUUGCACUGCAAAAUCUUGUGGUGUCUGAGCCCAUACCAAGCCUGAAUGGUGAAGAAGAGGUCGUUUAUCUGAUGGCCAGGCCAAAGUACUUCCACCCCAAAGCAUGGGCCCUUGCUAUUGACAUCAAGAAUCACACACUGCUAGAUGUGGCUGAGUUUGGCACUGCUAAGGACGGAGUGCUUCCUGACGUCACCUAUCGCUCUAGUGCCAUUUCCAAAUAUUUAACUCAGGCAACCCCUCCAGUAACAAGGAAAACUUAGGUUGCAGCCGUGGCAAGGUGAUGCUGGAGGUUGCUAUUUAAUCACGUUGAGUUAAACUUGAUGGGUUAUAUGAAGAGACAUGGAUCAUCGAGGAGAAUUUUGACAGAGCACUUUAGAUGAUUAAAUAAUUUAUCCAAGCUUUUUGUGACAAGUUACACUGUUAUGAAACUUGAGGUUAUGUUGUAGUUCUGGUUAUCUAAGUUGCUAUUCGAACAAGCUUGUAUGAUGAUUUGUAGACCAUUUCGUUAAAAUAUUUGUAAUGGUUAUGCUUUUGAGAACUAAUGUUCGCUACAAACAAUUUUGUAUCUAAUCUUUUUGUGACAAGAAGUUGUGCUGUUAUGAAACUUGAGGUUAUCUUCUAGGUCUGGUUGUAGCUUGACUUUAGUCAUAGAGAUGCAGCCUCACUUUCAUCAUUUGUAGCCUGACUGUUAUAUGAUUCGUUGUGGAGAUAAAGAAACAAACCAAUGCUUAAAAAUAG